UCCAAAAAGUUACCGUGAAAGCAUAGUUGCUUAAACUUAUUUCCACACCACCAAACACACACUCUCUCCUAUCUCACGAGUCCAAAUCAGAUUCAUUCUCAAUUCAGGUAGAAUGGCAACACAACUAAAGCAAUUGCAAACUAAGGCAUCCUUUGCUUCACAGUUCUUGUCCAAGCAUGGAACUACUUAUUACAAGCAAUUGAUGGAGCAGAACAAACAAUAUAUUCAGGAGCCAGCCACUGUUGAGAAAUGCAGUGAAUUGUCCAAACAGUUGUUCUAUACUCGUCUUGCCAGUCUUCCUACCCGUAACGAGGCAUUCUGGAAGGAAUUUGCGCAUGUGAAAGAAUUAUGGAAAAAUAAGAAAGAUUUGAACGUUGAACAGGUAGGGGUCGCAACUUUGUUUGGGCUUGAAUGCUUUGCAUGGUUUUGUGCUGGUGAGAUUGUAGGAAGAGGUUUCACAUUUACCGGUUAUUAUGUUUGAGUUUGGACCAAUCUGGUUCAUACAAGCUUGUUACAAAUGAGAAAGAUGCAAGGCCUUUCUCUGUUGUUUUUCGUAUGAUUAUGAUUGCUAAUAUCUAUAAUGCUGUCAUCUUUUUGUUUUUGGGAAAUUUUGAGGCCGAGAAAAGCAGUUGAAAGUUGGGAUCAAUAAUCUGCUACAUAUUUGGAAAACUUGAUCACAUAAUGUGUAAUGACUAUUUAGACCUAUAAGUUUUGACUGUUUUGAUCUGCCCAUUGGUUUCAAAAUAUUCCAAGGAUGUUAACAAAUGUUCUAUUUUGUUAUCUUAAUGUCAUUUCAGUAUUAUUU